CCUAGGUUGCCUAUGUAUAUUGAUAAUGACGGAAAUCGUCAAGUCUUUGUUCAAAUAUAUUGCAAGAAUUUUUCAUGUUCCUGAUCUUUACAUAUAGUUGUUUUGAUUGAGUUAAAUAGUUAAAUAUUACACUCAUAAAUAAUUUCUUUUCGGCUGAGUAACUUUAUUCAUUAUAGAUACGAAAUUUUAUCCGGGUGACAUCAUGGUAUAUAAAGCUUUAGAAACUUAAUAAAAGGCUGUUAUGAAAACUUUUAGUUUUUGUCUUUCGUGUCAUCUAAUCAACCUUUGUAAAGGUUAUUUUGGGCUAAGGGAAUAUUCUUCGUGUAUAAAUACUCAAAGAAUAAGCCAAGUGGUUUGAAUUAUUAUCGUAGCUACUGAUUACAUACAGAAACCGGCUCAAUGUAUUAUCGCCAUGGAGAUUGGAAAAGAAACAAUUCUCUAUUUAAUCUGUUUUAAUUGAAAACGCUAUUUUUCUCCACAAACCUUUUUCAAAGCAGUUUAAAAUGCAGCGAAGGAUAGUUUGAAGGACCUUUGAAAAUUGGAUAUUUAAAGGAGUAAAACAAAAACAUGAAAAGUUGACAAAAGAUGACAAUGGAAGAACUUUCUUUCGUCACCCUCUCAGAAGCCGCACGAGAAGGAAACUUAAAAGUUUUAAAGAGCUGUCCAAGAAAAGAAGUAAACAGGCGUGAUAGCGAUGGUAUGACGCCUGUACAAUGGGCUGCUUCGUAUGGAAAUAUUGAAGCUCUUCGAAUAUUAAUGGGAAAGGGAGGCAAUCCUGAUAAACCAAACAACGAAGGUUAUACUUCGUUACAUCUAGCUGCUGCUUCUGGUCAAUUGCACUGUCUCGUUUUCUUGACCAAUUUUGGUGGAAAUGUAUACGCAGUUAGCGAUAACGGAACAACACCAAUCCAGGAGGCAUCAGGCAAGGGUUUUUUUGAAUGUGUCCGCCACCUUGAAGCGUUAAUUACACACCAAGUGGAACAAGACAGAUACAAAGUUGAUAAAAUGCAACAAAAAGCCAAACAUGAUGCAGAGAGGCGUAUAAAAGAAAAAGCAAAACUCUUACAAAAACUGGACCGUGAUUAUGAAAAAAAGAGGUCAAAGCAUAGAAAAAUUGGCGCAAGUGUUACUCAUUAUAAUGGCCAACAAGUCAAUGUUCACGCGCAGAGGUAUGAUUUUGAUAAGUCAGAUAACUUGUAUAACAAGUUAACAUAUUCGCAACUUUCUGAAUUGCCUCGUUUUAAAGGAGAAAGCUUUAGCGACGAAAGUCCAAUUAGUAACAUCGAUGACGAUUCAAACAGUACAGAGUCGUCUCGCCGUAUCGACGAAUUUUUAAAGAUAAGGUCGUUAAUUGCGGAUGAUCUAAUUGAAUGCCAAAAUGGUAGUAUGGGUAAUGAUAAACUCUCAGAUACAACUGACCGAACGGAGUUGACAUCGCUUUCCCAAAACUCCAGGUCGACAUCAAAAAUACUGGCUUCGUCUCUGCGAUCACUGCACUUUAGUAAUAGUUUUACUCAAAAUAGAAUUGACGUCCAGGGCCAUCUUGGGCCCAUGGUUACAUUAAGAAAUGGACAAAUAGUAAAUAUUACCCCUACUUCGAAAGGAAUCCUUACUAAAGGACAAUUACUUUAUUCGAAUACGAAUAGGCAUGGUCAGAAUGCCAAUGUAACAAUAACUGACAUGUCAGUAAGUAAAAAAGAAAUACGCAUGGCACCCUUAUACACAUUUUUACACGCGUUGAAACUGGACGAAUAUAGAGAAACGUUUUCAAAAGAAAAAAUCGACCUAAGAGCUUGUUUGUUAUGUGAUGAAAAUGACUUACGAGAAAUUGGACUGCCAUUAGGCCCUCGCAAGAAAAUCACGGACGCAAUCAAACGAAGAAACACAAUAUUUAGUGAUAACAAUGAAUUGCAUGACUCAUCAGUGUGA